AUGACUACUCCUUAUUUGAGUGAUGACAGAAAUAUAUUCAACAUCAUUCCGAGUCUUGUUAUCACCAACAAUGCCACUACUCUAGCCUUCAUUGUUGCUGGGGCAGUCGUUGUUUUACUGACCAAAGGUUUUCAUUUCAAAGCAAAAAAGACCAUCACCAAUGAAUAUUUAAAGCAACGACAAAUGACUUUCCGUUUGGGAAAGGACCCAAAUUCAAUUCCUCUGCCGAAAUUUUCCAAUGACAAAGAGUUGGAAGCAGAAGAUAGAAAAUUGAUUUAUAAUAGACUGCACGAUCCUUCACAAUUUGUUUUCGAAGGAUUUGCCUUCAAACGACCUCUCACCAUCCUUCUCUACAUUUACCGAGUUGCAUUGGCCUUAUGGAUGGUCAUUAUGAUGUGUGUAGAUGUGGCCUAUUUCAGACCCAAACCAUUCCUUACUUACUUUUCAUUUCUCACCAACACGUCUGCAUUCGUGUUUGCAGUGUAUUAUGUGCUGCAAUCUGUGUUUGGUUUAUUCUACAUUACAACGUGUUACAAGUUUUUCAAUGAUUCGAAAAAGACUGGUAAGGCGAAACGAAAUGUGGAAGAAUUGAAUGUGUGGGUGAGAAAAUUGUUUACAUUUACUUCGACAAUGAUUUGGUUGUUUGCAGAGCUGAAUCAUGUGUCGGCAACGUUGGUUGCUUUUGGAUAUUGGAUUAUUGUGAUUCCACAGUAUGCAAUUAAUGGAAAAGUGACCACAGAUCCUGAUGUUUUGUCGUAUUUUACCUUUGGAUACCACGGCUUACAAAUGAUUUUCAACUUUAUUGAAUUCUUAAUGUCCAACGUGGUGUUCAGAAUUUGGCACUUGUUUAUAUUAAUGAUCUAUCCGACCUUGUACCUGAUUUGGAUUCAAACGAAUAUGGAGGCACGAUGGGUAAAUAUUUGGCCCUACGACGUGAUUGACUAUUACAGAAAUCCAUGGUUUUCAAUCAUUGUUUAUUCAUUUGGACUUUUUUUCGUCUUUUGUUUGUCCUUUUUUUUCUAUUGGUUGAUCACAACGAUUCGAUUGAGAAUACUCACCAAACGUUUAAAGAAGAUUCGUUUCACACGACGAAAUACUCAAAAGAUGAAUGCUAUUUUGAAAAACUCGGUCGCUGCCCUAGUGAAUACAGCCAUCGAAUUGGAUGCCAUCAUUGAUUCACCUCAUCGUCAUUAUCCAGCUGUGGUCUACACGACAGCCAAUACUUCAGUUGCCUCAGCAACCACCGUCACACCCCCAAGUUCACUGACCUCGAGUCCAGCAGCUUUACAUCCAUCGCAUGGAUAUGAAGAGAAGGACACGGCCAUGCCGUUAUCAGACAAUACUACGAUUAUGAUUCAAAGUGAAGAUAUGGACAUUCUGGAUGCUCCUCGUGGCACGAAGAAAACAUCUGAUGUGGUCUCGAAAUUGGUGAAAAUUUCAAAGAACUCUGCCAUGACAACAACAACACCUCAAAUUGUGAACACAUCCACACCCAACAGUAGCACAGCCUUGAUUCCUCCUUUCAAUACCAGGAAAGUACAUCCUCAUGAUGAUGUACCAGUCCAUGAGGAUGAUAUGCAUAAGAACCACGACAAGGGUGGGCGUGAGGAACACGUGUUGGUGGCCACUACUGACACCACAUUUACCUCUUCACAUGCUGCCAACACUGUGAUUACUCUCUCCACACCUACUCCACGUGCUCAGGCUCAACAAUCCUUGAAUAUUGAAUUUAUUUAG